CGCGCCAUUUCCGUCCAUCGAGUCAGAAAUAUCGGAAAAUACCACAAUCACGCACAGAAUCUGAAAAAAGGACGCAACAUUUAGCGGCUAACCAACUAACCGACCCUAUGGCCGCCGUAGAUAACAAGGUUCACAUUUAACAGAAAAAUGUCGUUCAGAGGCGGAGGUGGACGUGGUGGGGGUUUUAACCGAGGAGGUGGAGGUUUUAACCGAGGCGGGGGCUUCAGAGGCGGUGGAGGAUUCGGCCGAGGUGGUGGAAGAGGCGGCUUCAACAGGCAGCAGGACUUCGGUCCUCCGGAGCGAGUUGUGGCUCUGGGAGAAUUCAUGCACCCCUGUGAAGAUGACAUCGUGUGUAAGUGUACGACAGAGGAAAACAAAGUUCCCUAUUUCAACGCUCCGGUCUACUUGGAAAACAAGGAGCAGAUCGGGAAAGUGGACGAGAUAUUCGGACAGCUCCGAGACUUCUAUUUUUCAGUAAAGCUUUCUGAAAACAUGAAAGCAUCUUCGUUCAAGAAAAUGCAGAAGUUUUAUAUUGAUCCGAUGAAGCUGCUGCCGCUGCAGAGGUUCCUGCCAAGACCUCCAGGAGAAAAGGGGCCGCCGAGGGGGGGUGGAAGAGGAGGGGGCAGAGGUGGAGGAAGAGGAGGUGGGCGUGGAGGCGGUUUUAGAGGCGGGAGGGGAGGAGGCGGCCGAGGAGGGUUUGGAGGAGGUCGAGGAGGUGGAGGCGGCUUCAGGGGGAGAGGAGGAGGAGGACGGGGAUUCAGAGGUGGAAGAUGAGCGCACUCUGCUGGCCUGGAGUCAACAUCACAUUGAACCUCCGACUAGAAGCUUUCAGUCUGCUGGAUUCUGGCCUCACAGACUCAUUAGGACUUUAACUGAUGAGUUUUCUUCAUCUGUUGUCUGGAUGACUGAUGGAUUUUAUAUAUAUUUUUUACCAUUAUUUAAAAGGUUCAUGUGUUUGUUUCUGACACAGAGGAGACCCUUUACUUUUGUUCUAAUAUUCUGUCUUGAUAUAAUUCUAGGAAAUGCUUUCAUAAAACUUCCAUGUGGAGAUUUUUCUAACAGAGAAAUCUAAGUGUAUUCAGCAUGGGCUGGAAACAUUUUAAUAGAAAUAUUUCAUAAACUGAAUUUUUGUUAAAGGCCUUGAUUAAAAAAAUGUCUGUCUGGGA